GACGUCGGCGCACGCAGAGCCCGGAAGAGGCGCGGGCCGGGAAGGGAGCUGUACAUCGCUGCUCCAGCGCCUCCGUUCCCAUGGCGCUGUGGCGCGGCUCAGUGUAUGCCGGCUUCUUCGCGCUGGCGGUGGGCUGCGUCUUUCUGCUGGAGCCGCAGCUGCCGGGGUCGGCGCUGCGCUCGCUGUGGAACUCGCUGCAGCUGGGGCCUGUACCCUCGCCCCUGGGACCUGGCUCCCCUGAGGGCCGGUUGGCAGCCGCCUGGGACGCGCUCAUCGUGCGGCCGGCCCGGAGCUGGCGCCGUGUGGCCGUGGGAGUCAAUGCGUGUGUGGAUGUAGUGCUGUCAGGAGUGAAGCUCUUGCAGGCACUUGGCUUGAAUCCGGGGACUGGGAAAGAUCACACCGAGCUGCAUUCAAGGAAUGAUCUGGAGGAAGCCUUCAUUCACUUCAUGGGGAAGGGAGCAGCUGCUGAACGCUUCUUCAGUGAUAAGGAGAGUUUCCAUGACAUCGCCCAGAUUGCAUCCGAGUUCCCGGGAGCCCAGCACUAUGUAGGAGGAAAUGCAGCUUUAAUUGGACAGAAAUUUGCAGCCAACUCAGAUUUAAAGGUUCUUCUUUGUGGCCCAGUUGGUCCAAAGCUGCAUGAACUUCUUGAUGACAAUGUAUUUGUUCCACCAGAGUCAUUGCAGGAAAUGGAUGAGUUCCACCUCAUUUUAGAGUAUCAAGCAGGGGAGGAGUGGGGCCAGUUAAAAGCUCCCCACGCCAACCGAUUCAUCUUCUCCCACGACCUCUCCAACGGGGCCAUGAAUAUGCUGGAGGUGUUUGUGUCUAGCCUGGAGGAGUUUCAGCCAGACCUGGUGGUCCUCUCGGGAUUGCACAUGAUGGAGGGACAAAGCAAGGAGUUCCAGAGGAAGAGACUCUUGGAGGUCGUGGCCUCCAUUUCCGACAUCCCCACCGGCAUCCCAGUGCACCUGGAGCUGGCCAGCAUGACCAACAGAGAGCUCAUGGGCAGCAUCGUGCAUCAGCAGGUCUUUCCCGCCGUGACUUCUCUUGGGCUGAAUGAACAGGAGCUGUUAUUUCUCAGCCAGUCGGCUUCUGGACCACACUCUUCCCUCUCUGCCUGGACCGGUGUGCCUGACGUGGGCAUGGUCAGCGACAUCCUCUUUUGGAUCUUGAAGGAACAUGGGAGGAGCGAGAGCAGAGCCUCAGACCUCACCAGGAUCCAUUUCCACACACUGGCCUACCACAUCCUGGCCACCGUGGACGGACACUGGGCCAACCAGCUGGCGGCCGUGGCUGCAGGAGCCCGCGUGGCGGGGACACAGGCCUGCGCGACAGCAACCAUAGACACCCAUCGAGUGUCUCUGAGGGCGCCCCUCGAGUUCGUGACCUCCCGUUCGGAGGCUGGCUCCAGGAUCGUGUUAAACCCGAACGAGCCCGUGGUCGAGUGGCACAGGGAGGGGGUGUCCUUCCACUUCUCGCCAGUGCUGGUGUGUAAAGACCCCGUGCGAACCGUGGGCCUCGGGGACGCCAUUUCAGCCGAAGGCCUCUUCUACUCAGAAGUGCACCCUCACCACUAGGAAGGUCGUCAUGGGUCCUUUUUCUGCAGGAGAACUAGCCACCCAAGAACGACAGGAGUGAAGUGGUUUAGAAAAUCAGAGGGGGUGUCAAAAUGGUUUCUGGAUCCACCUGAAAGACAGCCAAAGAAACAACAGCAGAUUCAACUGUGCCAGAUACAUUCCAGCCUGCUGACGAUUACACAAAAACGUUUCAGGUUUUUAAUCAAAAUUUAUCUACUAACAAGACUGGAUUUUUGUUUUUGUUUUGUAUGUUGUGCAUACAGGGCUAAAAACUUGAUUCCCAGAUCCCCUCUUCAGGUAUUUUCGGGCCUCCGUCUUUGUGCUCGCGAGCAUGUCUGCUGGAGAAAGCUUUUCCCUUCCUCCCAACCCACCUGAGAGGCGCUCGCUCACACACCGCUCCCCUGGAGGGGCUGGUAGAGCCCGGCGUGGGUUCUCUGUUCUCAGCUCCGCGCCCACGGCAGGAUCACAAUUCCCAUUCAGUGUUAUAAUGGAAAUAUUUAACGAGCACACCUUCUCAGUCUUCUGCUGUCAAACGUAGGACAGGACCUCAAGUGAGAACAAAACAGGUCUUCCUGUGCUUCAGCAAUACGGCAGAGGCUGGAGCCAGUCACUGCAGUUUAGAGGCCUGGCGGCCUGCACCUUCCUGCCCUGGCUCCAUAACUGUAGGCCGGCUGGUCAGAGCCACUGGCCCAACCUUGCUGCCCAGCUCUGGACAUGCUCUCUGAAGUAGAAGACUGAUCUGUGCUCAUUCUGACCCUUGAAGGAAUUUACUUUUACAACUGGAAUAUGUCUCUGUGUGUGUAACAGAUCAUGUAUGUUUUAAUUAACACAUCGCAUCCAUUAAAGAGUUUGAGCUCAUAAGAGCCCCAGGAUCAUGAAUAAAUGUGUCAUGUUACGUAUUUAUUUUUUUUAUAAAUCAAGGAGACUUCAAGUGUGCUUUUAAAUAUAUUAAAAAUUUACAUUUCAGGAG